CUCCCAUCUUUUCACCCCCACACGACUUCCCAAACCCUCACUGCUUAAAAGGGGAAUCACCACUGAAACCAUCCUCCGUUCCCGUCACCGCUCUCUUUGAACCCUGGAAGAAGACUUCUCUGCGACCCACGGGGGGAGAGAGAGAGAGAGAGAGAGAGUUGGAGAGAGAGGGAUGAAAGGUGUUCGCGGUUUCAAUGGAGGAGCAGCCUCGUCGGGGUCGACUUCGGCGGCGGAGGCGGUGGAGGACUACGUGGGGCUCUCGGAGGCCGCCUCCUCGCACCCCGCCACCGCGGAGGAGGCGGCGGAGGAGGGGAGGAGAGAUGAGGACGAGGAGGACCUGGAGCUGGGGUUGAGCCUGGGGGCGAAGAAUGCCGCCCGCGGUGGUGGCGGCAAGGUGGCGGCUGCGCCGUGGGGGCAGUCUUGCAGGAUUCUGACUGCCAAUGACUUCCCUUCUCUGGUGUACCGUCCUUCGCCUAGGUCGUCCUCCACAUCCUCCGUUUCCUCCUCCUCCUCCGCUGCUUUAGCCGGUGGAGCCGGCGGCGACGGCGUCGCCGGCACUAAGAGGGCCGCGGACGCCGUUGCUCCGGACGUCGUCGGAUCCGAUCACCCACCCAGUCAGGCAGUGGUGGGAUGGCCACCUAUAAGGGCAUUCAGGAUGAACAGCUUGUUUAACCAAUCGAAAGACAACACCUCUGGGACUAAUUCUGCCGCCCACAAGAAGACCAACAGCAGCAACACCAAUAUGAAGGAAGCCAAUGGGAUCGAUGGUCGGGAUAACAAAGGGAGGGCUGCUGGGUGCUCUCGCUUUGUUAAGGUGAACAUGGAUGGAGAUCCUAUUGGGAGGAAGGUGGAUCUCAAUGCUCAUCGCUCUUAUGAAACCCUUGCGCUCGCUCUGGAGCUCAUGUUUCACAAACCCGCGAUGGCCCUCAGUACCUGUUGCGUCUAUGGUGUGAAGGCCUCAAAGUUGUGGGGGGGCUCCUAUGAAUUUGCUCUUACUUAUGAAGACAAGGAUGGGGACUUGAUGCUGGUUGGAGAUGUCCCUUGGGGGAUGUUCUUGGACACUGUCAAGAGACUUAGAAUUAUGAGGACCUCCGAUGCCCGUGGGCUUGCUGCAAGGUUCCAAUCCUCCAAUAACUCUUACAAGCCUUGAAAGGAGAUGAAAGAACAAGUGCUGUUGACUAAAUAGAGAAAAAGAAAAAGGUAGAGAAAUAGAGAAAGACAAGGUCGUUUCCUUUUUGCUUUUCUCUCGGGUCAAGCCAGGAUCACAACCAUCCAUUUGUGUUUGAUUUUGGCUAAAUGACCCCUUCUGUUAGGUGGGUUGCUAAGUACACCAACCAAUAUGUUUUCAAUUUCUCUGUAGCUCCAUGCACAUGACCAGUAACUAUAUGUGAAUGGUGCUUCCAAUACUGUAAGUAUUGCUGCCUGUUUUGCUUCAAGAUUUGAGGGAUAAGAUGAGGUUUAUCUGUUUCAACAUAUCCAAGUGAAAUAGAUGAUUUUGGAUGUUCACUGUUGUUUCUCGACUUGCAAAAAUUUUCCCCAGUAUUUUUGCUCUUGUA